AUGGAGCAUUUGGAGAAGCAGGUUUCGCAUGUUAUAAUGGAACUGCGAACAAAUUAUGAGGACCUGUGUUUCGUUGGAAAUCUCGUGCGAGAAGAUAUGCUGGAAGCUGCGAUUGAGUUCCUGACGAAGGCGAGCGAUGAGUUGGUGCGGGUGAAGACAGGACUGACUGAAGACCGUGUCUGUGGCGAGCGAAGUUUCUCGCCAUUUCCUCUGGAGGACAGCAUGAUGGCAUCGUCGAUAUUUGAGAGGAAUGCAACAGUUCUGCAAUCGGGACAACUGCCGACUGAGAUUUUUGGAGAUUCUCGCAACGAACGUGGAGUUGUAGAAUGUCUUGAAGUCCCAACUCCAGAGACCAAUGACGAAAGUUCAGGUGACAGUGAGGACCUGUGUGAUGGACUGGCUUUUGACGACGAACCCAUGGAAGAGUCCUCAUUUGAGGAAAUCAGUGAGAGGGCCAGGAUGGACGAAACGAUGCUUUUGGAUCACAUACCUACUUCGUCCCGGAGAUCCGAAGAUCUGACCAAGACACCAUCGCGGUUUGCAAAAUCAUUGACGUCCAGUUCAGUAUCAUUAACGCCGUCAACAACAACGCGGAAGUGCGAAGGGAAGACGAAGUCCGGCGUUUUUUGCCAACGCAGUGCCAAGAAAGGAAGGAGCUUCUGCUUUCAGCACGACGACGGAAUAAAGCAGACAAUCAAAAUGCGAUGUGACCACAAUUUGGCGUAUUCGCCAAUUACUGUAUCUUUAAUGGCUCGUGUGGGAAAGCAGUGUGGGUUUUUUACCGACCUGAACGCGGUGGCGACAGGCCAGUGUUCGCACCAAAGAUUGGCUCAAGAUUGUAGAGAUGAUCGUCAUUUAGUGCAGCGAUUGAGUUUGCUCAAGUCAGUCAGGCGUCAUUCCGGUUGUGUCAACACCAUCUCCUGGAGUGAUGACGGGGAAUAUCUUUUGUCCGGCUCUGAUGAUCGGAAUGUCGUGGUUCUCAAAGCCUAUGAUUACCAAGUUCGUGAAGUGAUCGCUGUUCCCUGCUCGUCCAACAUAUUUUGUGCCAGGUUCAUGCCGGACACCGGAAACAUGAAGAUAGUUUCUUGUGCCGGAAGCGGGGUGAUUUGUCUCUCUGACAUCGGCGUCAUUUGUCGUCCAGAAUUGAGCCACUUCCUGUGUCACUCAGAAACUGCGUACGAAGUGCUUCCGUUGGACUCGAACUGCUUCUUCUCCUGCUCCGAGGACAAAACGGUGCGUUUCUUCGACGUGCGAGUGAACAACUCGUGCCACGACCGCGGGGACGCCGAGUGCAACAAGUCGGUGUUGUUGCGGUGCAGUCGUCCGGCGUCGACGAUCGCCCUGGAGCCCACGACCCGCGAUUACCUCGCCGUCGGCACCGGCGACUCUGCAGUGCGCAUCUACGAUCGCCGACGCCUCUCCCCGCUGUCGGCCGCCGAAGGCGUCGUUGCCAAGUUCACGGCCCGCGGCGGACGUGCCGCCACGAGGCGCCGAGAGAGUCGCGUCACGUCGCUGACUGAAACGCAGGUCCGAAAGAGGGACACGACGUCGACGUCGGUGUCACCGUCGACGUCGGUGUCGGUGAUGGCUAUUUCGUGUUCCCGAGUCAGGUUUUGA